CCCCGUCGCUUGGGGAGAAGUGACAGGCUGGCCGGAGCUCUGAUAGGAGCCGGCCAGAGCAAUUCCCAAGGCAACCCAAGCUCGACCCCCUUCCCAGGCCCCGCCCCCUCCCUGGCGGCUGCCGCGGGUAGGAACUGGUCGGUGUGUAAAACUCGACGUGUCCGGAAAGGUGCGUGCCGCUUUCCCUUUCGCUCCGCGCCCGCAGGCAGGGGCCGCGCGUUGCCGGCACCAUGCUGGACCCGUCCUCCAGCGAAGAGGAGUCCGACGAGGUGCUGGAAGAGGAGAGGCGGGAGGUGCUGGUGGUGGCGCCCGGGGGCUGCAGCGGUAGCUUGCCGCGAGUCCUGCCGGCUCCCAAUCGGGAGCCCCGCGCGAGGGAGCCGGGGCGCCAGGGCAGCGGCUCCGCCAGACCGGCGAGCCCCAGCCCCUCGGUGCUGAGCGAGGGCAGGGAGGAGCAGGAGAGGUUGCAGAAAGAGGAGAAGGAGAAGCGGCUCCGGCUGCAGCUGUAUGUGUUCAUAGUGAGGUGCAUCGCGUACCCGUUCAACGCCAAGCAGCCCACCGACAUGGCCCGGAGGCAGCAGAAGCUCAACAGACAGCAAUUACAGAUACUUAAGGACCGUUUCCAGGCCUUCCUGAAUGGAGAGACACAAAUUGUAGCAGAUGAAGCAUUUUGCAAUGCAGUGCGAAGUUAUUAUGAGGUUUUUCUCAAGAGUGACCGAGUUGCCAGAAUGGUUCACAGUGGAGGAUGCUCUGCAAAUGACUUUAGAGACGUUUUUAAGAAAAACAUAGAAAAAAGGGUCCGAAGUUUGCCAGAGAUUGAUGGAUUAAGCAAAGAGACAGUGUUAAGCUCUUGGAUAGCCAAAUAUGAUGCCAUAUGCAGGGGAGAAGAGGACUUGUGCAAACAGCCCAAUAGAAUGGCGUUAAGUGCUGUAUCGGAACUUAUUCUGAGCAAAGAACAGCUGUAUGAAAUGUUUCAACAGAUUCUAGGGAUCAAAAAAUUGGAACACCAGUUGAUUUAUAAUGCCUGCCAACUGGAUAAUGCAGAUGAACAAGCAGCUCAGAUCCGACGUGAACUAGAUGGGCGUCUACAAAUGGCAGAACAAAUGACAAAGGAAAGAAAAUUUCCAAAGUUUGUAGCGAAAGAAAUGGAGAACAUGUUUAUAGAAGAGUUGCGGUCUUCAGUGAAUUUGCUAAUGGCAAAUUUGGAAAGUCUUCCAGUGUCUAAAGGUGGCCCAGAAUUUAAAUUGCAGAAGUUAAAGCGAUCACAGAAUUCUGCUUUCUUGGACAUAGGAGAUGAAAAUGAAAUUCAGCUGUCAAAGUCAGAUGUGGUGCUAUCAUUCACAUUAGAGAUUGUUAUAAUGGAAGUGCAAGGUUUAAAGUCAGUAGCUCCCAAUCGGAUUGUUUACUGCACAAUGGAAGUGGAAGGAGGAGAGAAACUUCAGACAGACCAGGCAGAAGCAUCAAGGCCACAAUGGGGAACUCAAGGGGACUUCACCACUACUCACCCUCGGCCUGUUGUCAAAGUAAAACUCUUUACGGAAAGCACUGGUGUCCUAGCCCUUGAAGAUAAAGAAUUGGGAAGGGUUAUAUUGUAUCCAACAUCCAAUAGCUCAAAGUCACCUGAGUUGCAUAAAAUGAUAGUCCCCAAAAACAGCCAGGACUCUGACUUGAAGAUUAAACUGGCAGUGAGGAUGGAUAAGCCACCCCAUAUGAAGCAUUGUGGGUAUUUAUAUGCUCUUGGACAGAAGGUUUGGAAAAGAUGGAAAAAACGCUACUUUGUUCUUGUUCAGGUAAGCCAGUACACAUUUGCAAUGUGCAGUUACAGAGAAAAGAAAUCUGAGCCUCAGGAAUUAAUGCAGCUUGAAGGAUACACUGUGGAUUAUACAGCUCCUCACACAGGUCUUCAGGGUGGUCGAAUGUUUUUCAAUGCUGUUAAAGAAGGAGAUACGGUAAUAUUUGCCAGUGAUGAUGACCAGGAUAGAAUACUAUGGGUUCAAGCAAUGUACAGAGCAACAGGCCAGUCAUAUAAACCCAUUCCUGCAAGUCAAGCACAGAAGAUGAAUCCAAAAGGAGGAAAUGUCCAUAUGGAAUUAUCACAGCUUUCUGGCAAAGAUGCAGAUCGUGCUCAGAAACAUGGGAUGGAUGAGUUUAUUUCUGCUAAUCCCUGCAAGUUUGACCAUGCUUCCCUCUUUAGAGUACUUCAGAGGCAGACCUUGGAUCAUAGAUUGAAUGAUUCCUAUUCUUGUUUGGGUUGGUUUAGUCCAGGCCAAGUCUUCGUAUUAGAUGAAUACUGUGCUCGUUAUGGUGUGAGAGGCUGUCACCGCCAUCUCUGCUACCUUAAUGAAUUGAUGGACCAUUCAGAAAAUGGUGCUGUCAUUGACCCAACCUUGCUCCAUUACAGCUUUGCAUUCUGUGCUUCUCAUGUUCAUGGCAAUAGGCCUGAUGGAAUUGGAACAGUCUCAGUUGAAGAGAAAGAAAGGUUUGAGGAGACUAAAAACCGACUUUCUUCCCUUUUAGAAAACCAGAUAAGCCACUUCAGAUACUGUUUCCCUUUUGGACGUCCUGAAGGAGCUUUAAAAGCCACACUUUCGUUACUUGAAAGGGUUUUAAUGAAAGAUAUUGCCACUCCCAUACCAGCAGAAGAGGUGAAGAAAGUGGUUAGAAAAUGUCUGGAGAAAGCUGCCUUGAUCAAUUACACACGACUUACAGAAUAUGCCAAAAUAGAAGCAACAGCAGAGAAGGAUCCAGAGACCUUGAAUCAAGCAACUCCUGCUAGAAAGCUGGAAGAGGUUCUUCACCUUGCAGAGCUCUGCAUCGAAGUAUUGCAGCAGAAUGAAGAGCAUCAUGCAGAGGCACGAGAGGCUUUUGCUUGGUGGCCAGAUUUAUUAGCUGAACACGCAGAGAAAUUUUGGUCUCUCUUUUCUGUUGAUAUGGAUUCAGCACUGGAGGCACAACCUCAAGAUUCCUGGGAUACUUUCCCGCUUUUCCAACUGCUAAAUAACUUCCUAAGAAAUGACAUACUUUUGUGCAAUGGAAAGUUUCACAAGCACUUGCAAGAGAUUUUUGUUCCCUUGGUCAUCCGCUAUGUUGAUCUCAUGGAAUCAUCUAUUGCCCAGUCCAUUCAUAGAGGUCUUGAACAAGAGUCCUGGCAGCCUGUCAAGAGCAUCACCAACAGUCUUCCCAAUGUAGCUCUUCCGAAAGUUCCAAGUUUGCCUCUUAAUCUUCCACAGAUACCUAGCUUUUCUGCACCAACCUGGAUGGCUUCUUUAUAUGAUUCCACCAAUGGUUCAGCUACAUCGGAAGAUCUUUUCUGGAAACUUGAUGCACUGCAGAUGUUUGUUUUCGAUCUGCACUGGCCAGAACCAGAAUUUGCCCAUCAUUUAGAGCAGAGACUUAAACUUAUGGCCAGUGAUAUGAUAGAGGCCUGCGUCAAAAGAACAAGAAUUGCAUUUGAACUCAAGCUGCAAAAGACAAACAAAUCAAUGGACUUGCGCAUUCCUGCGUCUGUGUGUACGAUGUUUAACGUUUUAGUCGAUGCCAAAAAGCAAACUGCUAAACUCUGCAUUCUGGAUGGUGGGCAAGAGUUUGCUGGUCAGUGGCAACAAUACCAUUCAAAAAUAGAUGACUUAAUUGAAGAAACAGUUAAAGAAAUUAUUUCACUUCUCGUUUCAAAGUUUGUUUCAGUGUUAGAAGGUGUGCUGUCUAAACUAUCAAGAUAUGAUGAAGGCACAUUCUUCUCAUCAAUACUUUCAUUCACUGUGAAAGCAGCUGCAAAAUAUGUUGAUGUUCCUAAACCAGGAAUGGAUCUAGCAGACACCUACAUUAUGUUUGUUCGGCAAAACCAGGAUAUACUUCGAGAAAAGGUCAAUGAGGAAAUGUAUAUAGAAAAGUUGUUUGAUAAAGGGAUGGAUGAUAUAAGUUCAUUGAUGUACUUGAGGCUGUUUGAGCAAUGGUACAGCAGCUCCAUGAAAGUCAUAUGUAUGUGGCUGGCUGAUAGAUUAGACCUUCAGCUUCACAUCUACCAGCUGAAGACUCUCAUCAAGAUAGUGAAGAAAACCUACCGAGAUUUCAGAUUGCAGGGUGUGUUGGAAGGAACACUGAACAGUAAAACCUAUGAUACCGUUCACAGCCGUCUUACAGUAGAGGAGGCCACAGUCUCAGUCACUGAUGGAGGAGGACUUCAAGGUAUCACCAUGAAAGACAGCGAUGAAGAAGAAGGAUGAUAGUGAGAUAUUUCACCUAGAAGGUCAACACUAGGUGUUUGUUUUGUAACUUGUCCUUGUAUUUGCAUUUAUAGUUUUGCUUUACAAUACUUGAGUACCAAAAAUGUAAUUCAUUCCACUUUUUUAAAUCUGAAAGCAGAAUUAUCGGGAGCAAAAGUGCCAAGAAUUUUUUGAGGACAAUGAUUUUAGCAUAUUUCAGUGUAUAGCUUUGCUUAGAACUGUGAGAAUGUUGGCAUGGAGUUUGAGUUCCACUUGUGAUUGUUUCUGUACCUUUUGUUAGAGUUACCAUUUGUUCCUGUAAUUCCUCCAUCAAAUAGUGAUGUCUUGUGCAGAAAACAAGAUGUGUGCCUCACAUAAUACACAAUUAUACAGGAAAUCAUUCUUGGAAUAAUUCAGUGCCCUUGUUAAAAAACAGUGUAUUUUCAGGAUUACACUUUACAUAUUUUUUCUUGUUUUGUAGUUAAUUUUUCAUUAUUGUGUGAUGUGCAUUAAAAACUUAAAUCUUGGUUCACAGUGCUUUGAGUUUGGUAUAUAAAUAAGAAGACUCCAGGGACUACAAAAUGCACAUAGACUACUUACGAAUGUUGUGUCUUCUGUUUCCCUACAUUCAUCUUGCAAGUUUAAGGAUAUCUCAUCACGUUGGAUGUCAGUAAGCUUGCCAUCAGUGUUUCUAUUUCUAUGUGAAAUUUUGCAGGCAAUAAGAACACAUUUUGUCAUGACCGUGUCUGUAUCUAUCCAAGUUUGUAUAGAAUUCUAAAAUUAAAAGAUGUUUUCAG